GCAGUAAGCACCAGAUCAUCCUACCUGAGUUUUCCCGCCAAAAUCAGAGCCGGUUUUCAAAAUCAGUCGCAAGGAGGCUUCUCCUGCACUACUCCCUAUUCCAUUUUUCUCCAUCUCAAUUUGACAGAGAACGAAGAGGUGCCGACGAAGGAGACGGCUCCCAGGUCACGAUUCACUGAUUUAUUCGGCUACGGUUGGAGCACCAAGAACAGCAGCACCCGCCACAGAAAACUCCGAUCUCCAUGUCUAAGAAACGGGGGCUUUCUUUGGAAGAGAAGCGUGAGAAGAUGCUUCAGAUUUUCUAUGAAUCGCAGGACUUCUUUCUUCUCAAGGAACUGGAGAAGUUGGGGCCUAAGAAAGGUGUGAUUACUCAGUCUGUGAAAGAUGUUGUCCAGAGUCUUGUGGACGAUGACCUGGUUUUAAAAGACAAAAUAGGAACAUCGGUUUACUUUUGGAGCCUUCCUAGCAGUACUGGAAAUCAGCUGAAGAAUAUAAAGGACAAACUUGGGUCUGAUCUGCCAAGCAGUAAGAAGCGGUACGCGGAGCUUAUUGAACAGUCUGCGGGACUAAAGAAGGGUCGUGAAGAAUCAGAUGAACGAGAGGUGGCCUUAUCAGACCUGAAAGAUAUUCAGGCAAAGCAUAAUGAGCUGAAGGAGGAGAUGGCAAAAUAUGCAGAUAACGAUCCAGCUGCAUUCGAAGCACUGAGUUCAGCACCUGCUCUAAGGAAGCUAUUGACGUCGCUCAUGCAGCCACAAACAGAUGGACUGUGGUAUUCAAAGAACUUCCCCCAAGCGGCAGAGCAGCUUGAUAACCUGUUCAAGGAGGUGGGAGUAACGGAUGAAUUUGACUACUUGGAGCUUGCACCUGCUCUCCCUCUCAAUGCGAUAGGCGCCCCCGAGGCUGAAGAAGGCACUCCCUAGACUAGGGAUGGCAAUGGGUCGGGUCGGGGACGGAUAGUGCAUAUCCGUUACCCUACCUAAAAUAGUUCUGGUUUUACCCAUACCCAUACCCACAUAUGAAACGGGUAGAAAAUUAAAACCAUGCCUAUACCCGUUCGGGUUUCGGGUAUCCACGGUUAUCUAUGGGUAAUGACCUAAUGGACCGAAUGGACAGUUGGCGGGUAUCCACGGUUACGGAUAUCCCGAUAACAUCAUAAUACAACCAAUAGUUCAAAGCAGAAUAAGGGUAUUAGCCAAAU